AGCCACUACCAUGUCGCUCUCGACAAAGUCGAUCCUCUCCUCCCCAUCUGCCUCGUCGACCUCGAGUCGCAGCUCAGAUGGCCUCCCAUUUCCGCGGAAUAUGUCUGACUUCGAGGUGGAACACACGCCGACAAAGACAUCUUUUUCACCGACCAAGCAGCGAAGGCGAAGACAGUCAUCCGACUAUGACAGCGAGGCUGCAUUUCGUGCCAGCGUGGCUAUGCUUCUUGCCGCGAAAGCGCGUCCGUUCGCUGUCUGUGGCAGGAUACCAGUCGACCCCACUGCUCUCAUCUUGUUCUUCCGUUCAAAGAGUGGUAUAACACAUUCUUUGGACUUCCCCAUUGAUGUCGACUACGAUCUGCCUCCGUCGCUGGACGUGCUCAUCGGCGCAUGUCGCCCACAGUCCGUGUCAGGGCUCGAGGACUUCUCCGAACGCGAGGCUCUGUUCUAUCCCCCUCACCUACCUCUUACGACGACCCUCGAGAUUGCUAAUCAUCCUAUCUUGGAAACUGUUCGCAACACAUUGUUCCCUACACUACCAACUGGGCAUUACCUCACGGUGAUCCGGGACAAGCUCCAGAUAUGGGUGAAAGGUAGCGGCAUGAGGACGCCCCUGAAGCCCACAGACAUGCGUGUCGCUACCGUCCUCGUAACUCUCCCUGUACGCUUCCGCGGGGGCGACCUCGUUGUACGGAGUUCGGAUGGUGGUGAAGAGAGGUAUCAUGCCCGGGGAGGCAAGAUAGGCGACAUUGAGUGGACCGCAUUCAUGGCAGAUUGCGAUCACGAAAUCGAACCCGUCACUAAGGGCUGCCGCGUAACGAUCUCGUACGCGGUGCAUAUCAAGUCCUUUGGCCCAGCUGGCAUCCAGCCAGACCCGCUGAUUACUCCCAGCGACCAUUUCCUUGACUUGUUGUCCCCUGUUCUCAACCUAGCUCGCGGACGGAAGCUCGCGUUUCAUCUCACUAACGAAUAUGGUGUUUCUCCAGGAGAAGUACUGGCCGAAUCUUUGGUGCCACACCUGAAAGGCGGUGAUUCCGUUCUAUACCAUGCGCUUCGGCUGUACAAGCUGGAGCCUGAGCUGCACUGGAGUGCAGGCGGCUAUAUAUGGCCUGUCGACCGUUGUGUGGAUUUCGCUCCAGACUUCGAAGGCAGUCCCAUGUCUCAGAGUGCUCGGAUGCCAGCGGUUGACGGUCUUCGCCAGAGUACUCCCUCACCUCCACGAAAGGCGGGAACCGUGCCGGACGUUGGUGACCGGACCGAGGUUCUGCGGUCGAAGGUCGAGCGUAGCGGUGCGAUACGCUUGUCUCAGGCGGGCAUCAUGCUUCUCUCUGCGCCCACGUCUCCUGGCGGGGUUGCAAAGGAGCGGGUACCGUUCGCGCAGGACGGAGAGUUGGAGAAGCUCGUUGUUAACACAUUGCUCGUUGUUUAUGUUCCUUGAUUUCCUCUUCCAUCCCAUCAGCCCACGUAACAUUAUUGCUCCGGAUCGUGUUUCUCAGUUGUAUAGCCAUCCAACCUUUACCCUCUUACUGUACAAUCACAUACCCCCACAGUGUAGCUCUCGUAUUACCUCCUUGUUAGCACUUCUUCAAUGUAAU